UAUUGGUUAUGCUAUUUUGGGGGGCAAUUUAGCAAUCUAAUUUGACCAGAUCGACAAUAUUACACCAUGGUGUCCCUGUUCGGACACUCUACGUAUCACUUCGAUGUUCUCACUGCGUGGUUCUGUCUGCUGGCAGUCUCUCAGGCGUAUGUUAAUGUCGCCCUCAGAAAACCAGCGUACAUACAGGACCAAUAUCGCAACAACGAAAUCUGUGCCGCAAGUAACGCUGUAGACGGACAUAAAUCAGUCCUGGUAUAUAAUGGAGGUCAAUGUGCUGCAUCAGAAUGGGGACACACCGCCACCUGGUGGGUGAACCUGACCAGCAUCCACAGCAUUCAUCACAUUACCAUCUACUUCAGUAUUCUUAAUAGAAAUGACUUUAUAAAUGUUGCGUCGAAGUUCUUUCUUGGAUUCUCGGUGUACAUCUCAAAUACAACAGACAGAUCACAGGGAACACUGUGUUUCAAGGACAACAAUUUUACACAGGAGAACUUCCCUCCUGUCUUCACCACAACUUGUUCUGUACAUGGCCAGUACGUUAUCUACUACAAUGAAAGAAUACCAGGAGCGUCUUACCCUGACAGUUAUCAUGAGUUUGUUGUCAGUAACCUCUGUGAAGUGGAGGUGUACGGAUGUCCUGGAGGGUUUUACGGGACUAACUGUUCUAAGGCAUGUCCAGAUACUAAUUGUUACUGUCACUUAGAGACAGGCACCUGUCAGGGCUGUAAACCUGGAUACCAAGGUUACCUCUGCAAAUUAGCUUGUAACAGUGGAUCGUAUGGCUUGGGCUGCAGUGAGAGUUGUGGACAAUGCCUCGACGGCGACAAAUGCCUCAAUACCAAUGGAACAUGCCUUACUGGAUGUAGCGCUGGUUAUAGAGGACACACGUGCGACAAACCUUGCCAAUACGGAUUCUUCGGACCGGAUUGUGGUGACAAAUGUAACGACGCCUGUGAUGGUUGUAACAGAUUCAAUGGUUCUUGUGAUUCUGGCUGUAACCGCGGAUGGCAAGGAUUUGACUGCCAAGAUGCUUGUAACAGUGGAUCGUAUGGCGUGGGCUGCAGUGAGAGUUGUGGACAAUGCCUCGACGUCGACAAAUGCCUCAAUACCUAUGGAACAUGCCUGACUGGAUGUAGCGCUGGUUAUAGAGGAUACAUGUGCGACAAACCUUGCCAAUACGGAUUCUUCGGACCGGAUUGUAGUGACAGAUGUAACGACACCUGUGAUGGUUGUAACAGAUUCAAUGGUUCUUGUGAUUCUGGCUGUAACCCCGGAUGGCAAGGAUUUGACUGCCAAGAUGCUUGUGACAAGGGAUCAUUUGGUAAUAACUGCAGUGAAACAUGCGGACAAUGUCGUGAUGUAGACCAGUGCUCCAGUAUCAACGGAACAUGCUCAACAGGAUGUGUUGCUGGGUAUCAGGGGGACUUUUGUAAAACACCUUGUCCAUACGGAUUCUUCGGACCGGAUUGUAGUGACAGAUGUAACGACACCUGUGAUGGUUGUAACAGAUUCAAUGGUUCUUGUGAUUCUGGCUGUAACCCCGGAUGGCAAGGAUUUGACUGCCAAGAUGCUUGUGACAAGGGAUCAUUCGGUAAUAACUGCAGUGAAACAUGCGGACAAUGUCGUGAUGUAGACCAGUGCUCCAGUAUCAACGGAACAUGCUCAACAGGAUGUGUUGCUGGGUAUCAGGGGGACUUGUGUAAAACACCUUGUCCAUACGGAUUCUUCGGACCGGAUUGUGAUGACAGAUGUAACGACACCUGUGAUGGUUGUAACAGAUUCAAUGGUUCUUGUGAUUCUGGCUGUAACCCCGGAUGGCAAGGAUUUGACUGUCAAAAUACUUGUGACAAAGGAUCAUUUGGUGGUAACUGCAGUGAAACAUGCGGACACUGUCGUUACGUAGACCAAUGCUCCAAUAUCAAUGGGAAAUGUUUGACUGGAUGCGAUGCUGGUUAUCAGGGAGAAUUGUGUAAAACUUAUUGUGAUAAAGGAACUUUUGGAAUGUACUGCAAAGAAAAAUGUGGACACUGUCGUGACAAUAAACAGUGUUUCCAUACGAACGGAACAUGUCUAACCGGCUGUAUUGCUGGCUUUCAAGGUCAUCAGUGUAAAACACUUUGUCAUCGGGGAUUCUUUGGAGAAAACUGCGCUUAUGAAUGUGCCGACACAUGUAAUGACUGUAAUGAUGUCACUGGUCUGUGUGAGGAUGGAUGCAUCCCAGGAUGGACAGGAUACGUCUGUCAAGAAGCCUGCACGUAUGGAUUGUUUGGACGAGAUUGUACUGAGCAAUGUAACGACACAUGUACGGGCUGCAACAAUGUGAAUGGUCUGUGUGACAGAGGAUGUCAUCCAGGCUGGAGUGGGGACUACUGUGAAAUAGGUAGGGUAUCUUUUCCGUUGUUGAUAUAG